AUGGAGGCCGGUGAGGAGACAAGCCGGUGCGACGUGGACUACAUCCACCGCGUCUUCUCCGUCCAGGACCAUUUCCCCGCCGAGGAGAUCGAACACAUCGCGCACCAGGCCGGCUGCAGCGAGGCGGAGGUGCGGGCCCACCUCAUGCGGCUGCAGACCAAGGUGCGCCUCGCGCUCAAGGCUCAGGCGGUGCACCCCCCGCCGCCCGCCCACCUCGGCUCGCAGGAGGCGCGCUCGGCGGCGCGCGCGGCCACCCUGGCCCGCCUCGACGCGCUGCUGGACGGCUCGGGCGCCGUGGCCGGCGUGGCCCGGUGCCCCGCCUUCAUGGUGCUGGCCCGGGGCCCGACCACCCCCGUCGUGCGCUGCGCCGUGCUGCGCGCGCUGUGCGCGACGUGCGAGGCCCGGGGCGAGGCCGCGGCGCUGCUCACGGGGGCCGGGGCGGAGGCGCUGACCACGCACGCCGUCACCUGGCUCUGCGAGGGCGAGGUGGCGGCGCACCACACCGUCAUGCUGUGCGCGCUGCGCGCGCUGCGCUUGCUACCGCCCUGGCACGGCGCGCGGGCCGAGGCGCAGCUGCUGCGCCGGCGCGUGCAGGCGCUGCGCGCCUCGCGCCUCCCGGCCGUCGCCGCCGCGGCGCGAGAGGGGGGUGGUGUUGCCGAGGAGGCACUCCUCGCCGGGCCCGGCAGCAGCAGCGGCGCCAGCCACUCGGCCUGCCGCUGCUCCCAGGCGAAUGCGCUGGAUGCAGACACGGCGCCCCCUCAGCCGCCCGCGGCCAUCCCUUUCUUCCCCGUCGAUCAGGGGGAGAUGGAGCAGCAGCAGAUCGCCAUGAUGCAGGCGGGGGUGCGCCUGCCAGACUAUUUGUUCAGGGGAUUCGCAUGUGUCUGA